AUGUCGACCUCCCAGGCUGAGCAUACCCGGGUUCACCCGCGUCGGCGUCCCUUAAAGACAGCACCCCCCUCCCUUUCUGCUUCAACAUCGCUGGAAAGCUAUGUCGCCGACUCGUCAUCGUCGUCACCAAGUUUGAGUUUGAAGAAAGGGGAAACGUUCCAUUCACCUUCCCCACCACCCUCAGACGAUCUUGACCCGGUGCUUAGCUUUAGGUCUCUUCCCCAGCGCUCACCUACAUGCCCCAGAAGCCUAGAGGCCAUCGCCGCCCGAGAGCAGCGCAUGGUCGACUAUCUGAGCAACCUUAACCUCAACUCCUUGGAACCGUCUUCUCCUCUUUCUGACAAAGACAACGGAGACGAUCUUCCUGUUCCUCGAGCCAUCCUUCAAGCCCACAUCGAUUCUCAGUCAAUGGCGGACCGAGUCAGCAAACCUGCUCAAUCCUCUCAGCUACACACUCCUUCCAAGGUCCGCAAGACCCAUUGCCAUGCCUCGGACAGUGGAUUGGGCACUUCCCUCAGCAGUGAGAACAUGUCGGCCUCGGACAAAAGUAAAGUGAAAGCUGGACAGUUAUCAUUCGAAUCUCAGUCGUCUGCCAAAGCUGCUACUCGAAUGACUCAAUCGGCCAUCACCAGCUCUAUCUCGGCGUUUGAUGCUAAGGUAUCUCAGAAGCGUCAACUUGGAAUGCCUGCAUGCAAGCAGAUUGAACGCCUUGUCAUCAAGCCCAUCCUCAAGGAAGAGAGAUUGAAGCCGUUCCAUCCCCUCGUUCAAAGUAUCCCUCAGCGAAUUGUAGAUAGAGAAAUCGGCUGUCUCCGUGACCUCGAAAAGACACUCUUGUGGCUGGCACCAAACUACGCGGCUUCCAGAGCUUCGUACCUCCGUUUCUGCGAAUUUACGAUUCAGUGUCUUCAUACGUCGGUCUAUCAUCUCAACGAACGCGAUCAACGGCUGCCAGCAGACAGGCCUUACACUAACGGCUACUUCCUUGAUCUCGUCGCACAGAUUCGCCGAUAUGCAGCUAUGAUUAAUGAGUCCCGAAGCAGCAUGCCUUCUAAUAGAGAACCAGCACAGGACGGUGCAAAGGCUAGUGAUCCAAAGUAUGUUCUCUCCCCGCCCUCUGGGUGGUUUGCAAGGUUUGACAUUGUCCGCAGUGAACGUGUUACCCUGGAGGGUGGAUUAUCCAAGAACGGACGACCUGCUGAACUCGUGGUUCACAAGGAUGGCGAGAUGAUCUCGCUGCGUACGGGCAAGCCCUACGAGGAGAAUGCCGUUCCUGCGAUGAAGCGUUCUCUCAGCCUUCGCUCCGUCGAUGAGGGCGUCGAGCGAUCCAUGGCUCGUCGCAAGAAGAAUGCACCCCCCAUGGACAUUAACCAGAAGUGCAAAGACUGUGACAAGGUUUUCAAAAGGCCUUGUGAUCUUACGAAACACGAGAAGACGCACUCUCGUCCCUGGAAGUGCUCCGAACCUUCCUGCAAAUAUCACGAAAUUGGAUGGCCAACGGAGAAAGAGCGAGACCGCCACAUCAACGACAAGCACUCCAGAGCCCCCGCUUUGUACAAGUGCAAAUUCGCGCCAUGUACCUACUCAUCAAAGAGAGAGAGUAACUGCAAGCAGCAUAUGGAGAAGGCUCACGGCUGGGAUUACAUUCGCUCAAAGCAUAAUGGCAGGAGCAGCAAGAAGGCGUCCAACGGAGCUACACCCCAGACUCCCAGCAUUGCUACUCCUAGCUCGAAGGCUCAGGACAUUGCAACGCCCCUUACCGGCUCCGAACCCUCGCCGUUCGAACCCGUCACUGCUUACCCUCCGAACCCACCGUUUUCAUUCGCGGAUCCCCCUACCCAAACAGGUAGCGGCGACUUCCCCCUUUUCACUACGAAUAGCCCAUUUGAGGAUUUAGCCGCUGGUGUAAAUGAUUUCAGCCCGCUGCCAACCACCUCGUUGGACUUCCAAGCGUUUCAAUCCCAGCUCGAGGGGGCUGACCCUAAUGGCCUCAUUCCUCUGACUUUCGAUCGUCAAUCAUUCGACUCCGCGUCUCCAGUGCCGGACUUGAUCAAUGGAACUAUGGGAUUCGAUACGUCGCCAGUUGCAUCCACUGACAGCAGCAGCCUGAACUUCGACCUGGCGUGGAGCCAGCUUGACGCUCAAAAUGUCGAGGAAGAGUUUACGACUCUGACCAUGCAGAUGCUUACGCCAGAGCACUCGGUCCCGAUGAGUGCCUUGAACUCCUUUUCUCGAGACCCCUCCAUCUCAAACCCCUCUCCGCUCCCGGUCCUGAAAGUAGAGAAUCCGCUCUACACGCCUGACUCCUGCCAUGUCGAUGAAGGCGUCUCGGAUCUUUUCGAUCCCAGCUACCAGAGUAAGGCAGAUUUUAUGCUUUUCGACCAGAAUGCAAACUUUGGGGCGGGUUCUGUCGAUAUGUCGAGUACUUGCCAUCUCUCGGCGCUCCACAACGCGAAUCAGAUGUUUCCCUCUCUCAAUACCCAAGAUCUCAACUAUAUGACCCAGGGGUGGCCCCAGGACAUGGAGAUGGAACAUUUCUAA